GUCCGUCAGUGAUGUGGAAUACUGAGAUGAUGCUCUACGCUACGGAGAACCUUGCUACGAGACGACCGACCAUCAUAGACGACGCCAGCAGCCUCUACGCCAUCUACUUCGGCCUCUCCCAGGACCACGGUAAUCCCCUCGACGACUUCGUCACCUCCAUUUUGGGCAGUCUGCCCCAGCUUG